AUGCCGGCAAGCCGCUACUUCGUGUGCCCACGCUGCCAGUGGAGAACGUUUGCAUUGAAGCCGCUUUUUCGCCAUCUCCGCACCACACAUGGCCACGAGAAGCAAUGGUUGUGUGGAUUAAGCGGGUGUAUGCGUUCAUUUGCCACUUUCCCUUCUUACCGGAAACAUGUGCACCGAAAACAUCAAGAGCUCCUUCGAGAAGAUGCCAACAGGACCGAGAGUGGACACAGCUCAGACGGCCCAACAGGUGCGGCAUCAGCAUCUGACUUGGACACAAUGGACACCGACAGCGAACAUCAAGAAGGCGAAGCAGGUCCGAACAUUGAUCAGAACAAUUCUGCGAGUGAAGAUCCUGUAAGGCAGCUUGCCUUGCUACUUCUGAAAUGGAAGGAGUGCGGGCGGAUUCCAGAAUCCACUAUCCAUGAAAUAGCAAAUGACAUCAUUUGUUACAUCCAGGGACUGACAGAUUACUGGCUCACAAAGACGGAAGAAGAACGAACAGAACUUAUGUCAUCAGUCAGCGAACAAAUGCAACGAUUAGAAACACGGGUGGGCCGAAAUGACUAUUGGAAAUUAUACUUGCCGUUUGUCGAGCCCACGACCAUUAUCCUAGGAACAGAUGAACGAGGCAAAAGUAUUGUAUUUCAUUAUGUACCCAUAUGUGAAGUCCUGAAGAACAUACUAGACAAUCCAAAUGUGUACAGUAAUUUCCGCCGUUGUGACAGCGAAGCUGGCUAUUUGUCGUCAGUGUUUGAUGGGUCUGCCUUCCGCAGUCAUUCAUAUUUUCAAGGGGAUGUCAAGAAGAUCUGCCUGCAACUGUACGCAGAUGAACUUGAAAUAUGCGACCCUCUGGGCAGCAAGAGAGGAAAACACAAGCUCUUGGGGGUGUACUUUUCAAUUCUCAAUCUGCCACAGAGAUCAACGCUGUCGAACAUUCAUUUGGUGCUGCUUGUGAACGACAAACAAGCUACAGCAUAUGGGCUAGAGAAAGUUUUUGCCCCACUCCUAAAUGAUGUGGCCCACUUAGAAAAUGAAGGCAUCACAGUGAACGGUGAGGUGCUGAAGGGAAGCGUGUUCAUAAUGACAGGAGAUAAUCUGUCAAGCCACAGGAUCGGCGGGUUUAAGUGUAGUUUCAGCGGAGGAAGAAUCUGCAGGUUCUGUUUAGCACUACGUAAUGAGAUUAAUUACAAGCACCAGGAAGCAGACUUUGUGAUGCGAACGCCACAAUGCCAUAAUCACCAUCUCAGCAUGCUGAAGAAAGGUAUUUCUACCGUGUCCCUUUAUGGUGUCCGGGAGCCAUGUGUGUUAAACUUCAGUGGCUUUGAUGCGACUAAUAAUUUUCCAUCGGACGUGAUGCAUGAUUUCCUGGAAGGGGUGGUGCCAUUUGCUAUGAAGCACAUAAUCAGACAGUUAGUAUCCAGCGGAUUUUUCUCCCUCGAUCAACUGAACCAGCAGAUCCAAAGCUACAAGUAUGAACAAUGUGAUCUGAAAAAUAAACCAGAGAAACUGUCGCGCGAUUUCCUGCAAGGCAAAGCAGCUUUGAAAGGCAGUGCAUCGCAGAUAUGGUGUUUUUUCAGGCACUUUGCUGUGUAUGUUGGUGACUGCGUCCCAUGUGGUCACAGUGCCUGGGAGCUGUAUCUUCAACUAAGAGAAAUCGUUAACAUUGUGAUGUGUCGAAAACUCCCGACGUCUUACGUGCCAUACCUCCACAGGAUCAUUAACUUUUUCUGCCUUGACUUUCGGGCCCUCUUUCCUGAAGCAGCUGUGCCAUGUAAAAUGCAUUAUUUGGCACACUAUCCCUCCUUCGUAUAUAAAUAUGGACCACUGGUAAAUAUCUGGGCCAUGCGUUUUGAAAGUAAACAUCAGUACUUUAAAGACAUGGUCAGGAAGUUACGGAACUUUAAGAAUGUCAUACAAAUGUUAUCUGUCAGGCAUCAAUACCUUCAAGCGUAUGUCCUGUCACAGACUUUGAACGACAGUCUUGUUUCUGUGAUAGGUAGUCAGCCUGUGCUCUUUGAACAUGUGCCGGAUGUGGUGAAGGGCUACAUCACAGGAAAAAACAUAGUAUCACCAGCUGUUUCAGUGUUGAAAUCUGUCCGGAUUGACAGUAUUGAGUAUGGACCAGGGAUGUUCCUAUUGCAUGAAGUCAGUGAUAUUGACUUGCCAAAGUUCAACGAGAUAUGUGCCAUCUUUUCUAUCGAUAAGCAGAUAGUUUUUCAAAUGCGUGAGCUGGUGACCAUUGAAUUCGACGAGCACUACUAUUUUUAUGUCAUUACACGUGAUGACAGAAGCUUUGUACUGAAUAACAUUUGGACACUCUCAACAGAGCCUCUCUUUCCCACACGAAAGGGUGACAAGUGCAUAAUCAAUCCUCGUCGGGCCUUGGUGUAG